CACUUUCCCAAAUACAGUGAAUCAGCAGAGUCUCAGCUGCUUAUAAAUACGCCCGAGCCAACUGUAAAGCGAGCAGUGGUAUCGAUUAGAUUGACAAAUGGCGUCUGAUGAGGAUGCUGCAAAUGUGCGUCUCAUUGAAGACCUCACGCCGAGGUUAAGACAGCUUAUCGCGGCGGAGCGAGUCUUGGAUCACAUAGAUUUUAUCGGAAAUGUUGAGAGGGACCGAAUCAAGCAGAAGGCGAGGACUGAGGGUGAUAUUGCAGCCGCGGAUCUACUUAUCAGUGCCAUCAUUAAAGAGCCUCGCAGUAUCGGCUGGUUCAGGGCAUUUGUUGACGCGCUGUCGAAUUCAGGCUUAACCAACGCAGCUGACUACCUACAGCUGAACCGAAGACCUGAAGAGGAAGCAGAGGAUGAAUACUGUGUCAAGCUUAUCCAGAUACUGGCCCCUAGUCUGGUGGAAAUGAAGACUGUGGAUGUGUGCCUCAAGUGUUUCUCAAGUGGCCUGUUGAGCCAGGACGACAAGGAGAUUGUGAGUAGGCGCCACUGCGUUAUCAUUUAAGGUUAUUUAGAGCCCGAAAUAUAAACCAUUUCAGCCAUUAAUAGUGGGUUAGACGUGUGUGGAACACGUUUAUGUAUAUAAACACCUGAGAUAUUUAAUGCAGCCCAGCAACACCAACUCUGACUGUUGUCUUGUUCCUGUCCAACUUUUCAAAUCCCCUCAGUUGUAUUUGCAGCAGUUGACCACAAGAUGGCAGACACAUAAUAAUAAUAAUAAUAAUAAUAAUAAUAAUAAUAAUAAUAAUAAUAAUAAUAAUAAUAACUCUAUUGGUAUAGCACUUUUAAAAAAAUAGAUGUUAACAAAGUGCUUUUACAUGUAGUCAUAGAGCACGUGGAAAAAGACAAAUAAAAACAAAAAGCUCAGUAAAACUUUAAUUGAAGGCCAUUUUCAUGUCAUAAGGAACACAGACAAUACAAGAACUAUGCAACAUAAAAUGAGACCAUGAGGACCAAAAUAAAAACAUAAAAUAGUUUAACUAAAAAGGAAAAUGCAAUUAAAAGGGGGGAUGAAAGCGGAAAGAGGAUAGUAAAUAUAAAAGGCAAUAUCAACAAUGAUAGUAAAAUAAUAACAGGUAAUCCUGAUAAUAAUAGUAAUGAUAAAAUAAAUGAGCAAGAGAUAAAACAAUAAAAGGCCUAAAAGGUUAAAUAAGAAAAGAGUAUGAUUUUAACAAAAGCUAAAAAGACAGUAAAGCCGAAAUGAGAUAGAAAUAAAAGAGAUAAGAGAUGACAGUAAUAAAUAGAGAUAAAAGAUUAAAGAAAAAAGAAGAAAGAAGAAAGACGGCAUCACAUAAAAGCAAGACUGUAAAAGUGAGUUUUUAAAUUUGACUUCAAAGAAGCGACUGUCUCUGCUCGCCUCAUCUCCUCUGGCAGGUCGUUCCAAAGUCGAGGAGCUCUGAUGGAGAAAGCUCUAUGACCUUUAGUUUUGAGUCUUGACUUUGGAAUGACCAGGAGGCCUUCGCCAGAGGAUCUGAGGCUGCGAGGUGGCUCAAAUGGUAUUAAAAGCUCUGAAAUGUAGCAAGUCUUUUGAGUGCUUUAAAAGUAAUCAAUAAAAUCUUAAAAUCAAUUCUAAAACUGACAGGAAGCCAGUGAAGGGAGGCUAAAAUUGGAGUGAUGUGAUGCCGUCUACGAAAACCAGUGAAAAGCGAGUGAACAUGCACACAUCUGUUUUUCAGAGCACUGUACUUCCCUCUGAUUGUGUCGUACAAGAUAUCAAAUCCAUUUUUUUACAGAUUGAAGCUGAAAUACAGAACAAAGGCUCCAAGAGCGGGGCCCGAAAACUCCUCAGUGUAAUUGUCAGAGGUCAUUCACAAUGGUUUUCUACAUUCCUGGUUGCCUUACGGGACACUGGACACGAGCACUUGUAUGAGCUGACUGGAGGAUUGUCUGACUGUGACAGCCAAGGUGACUUAAUUUACUAGAGCACACACCCAUCGCAGGGAAUGCUGUUUGGCUCAAGACAUAGCUCACAGUGUGUUUUAUAUCCCAUCAGGCUGCGAUGAGAAAAUGUGCUCAUCUCAGGUUGAACCUACAGGAAAUGACGUUGCCAUGGAGAGCCAAGCCACAGCCGCAGAAAGCGACGGCGUGGAGUUCAUGGAGAUCAGCACAGUCGAGAGCCCUGAAAAUGAAGGUCUGACAGAGUGCCUGUGAAGAAAACCACCAUUAUUAUUUGAGUCACAUGAAGAGGUUUAUUGGGAUAUGAUGGGCCAAGUAGUUCAUAAAUGGAUAAUAGCACUCACAUAACUCACACGUCACCACUGAACCAGUUCUUUGAGUUAUCUGGGGUCACUGGGUCAGUGCUUUUUGCAGAUGUAACUUACAGAGGUGACAGAAACAUGAAACAUACAUACUGUUGCAUCAUAUCAUCUUGUGACAUCUAGCCAAUCAGAGUGUUCUGGGUGGGGCACAUGGUGAGGCAAUUAGGUACAAGAAAACACACCCUAAAAGUCAUCCAAGGCCGGUCUUCCUUUGUCUGAAAGUAUAAACAUUCAAAGCAACACAAGGGACAUAUUAGUGAAAACUGAUCCUCAAUCAGCUAAAACACCCAACGGGGCGCAGAAGAAUAGAGCUUUUAUUAAGAGAGUCAUGACAGAAGAAUAAAAAUGUUUGUGUUUUUAGUUGUCCAAAAUUUAUCUAAUCAGAUUAAAAAGGAUCCAGUCUGAUCAAAUCUUGGAGAUGGGUUGUUCAAAGGAAAAAAACUGAUUGUGGAAUCAGGCCAGUUAGUGGUCUUGGUCCAUCGGUGACUUUGAUUAGAAACAUCACAUUUGUCCUAAUCCAAGCAGAGGGAGAGUUCAAACUGGACUACAGGUUAAUACUGUAAUCAAACUUUGAAACAGGUUCUGCAACUUUUGCUCAGUGUGGAUUUAGUGCCCUCUUGUGGAUAAUGAUACUGCUUAAAGUCCCCUUUAAACUGAAAGCUGUAUUACUGCCAGAUUCAGAUUUAUGAGAUAAAACUUUGGUCUGUUUUUUGGUCAGGUGGAGGAGGACAUGCAGCAAAACAUUGUAAACAGUAACCAGCACCAUGAGGACUAUAGCAUCCAAGCCAGGGCUGGGCAAUUAUUUUGUCUGAAGGGUCAAAUUGAGUUUUAGUUAUCAGUGGAUGGGCCGGCCAGGUGGUGCAAGAAAUAAACACCCAAAUGUGUGAAAAUAUGUUGAAGAGCCUGUAAAUCGGCCCCACCAGAGACGGUUGAUGAUGCUUUAAAGGAUCUUUGGCCACACUUUCUUGAGAGGUGUUAGCAAGCUGGACGGGAAGCUUACAAUACCUGGAGGCUUACAAUAUUUGGCUCAUGAAGUAAUGUUCCUGUUUGUCAUGUGCUUUGACUGCAAGUAUCCUGAUCCAGAUUUCUUCUGAUUACCUAUUUUCUUUGGCAUGUACUGGACAGGGUCAGCACAGAGAGAGGGGCUGAAAUGUGUCCUACAGGGGUCGCCCAAAAUUUACAGAAAAAUGAAAGUUUAUUAGUGUCACUCUAAAGCAGGGAUGUGAAAAUUUAAUGUUCAAACUGGCCACAUCAGAUUUAUUUUCACUGUUAGAGGGACAACUUGGUCCAAAAAUAUAGGUUAUUUCAACAAUUCAAACACAAAUAUUUUGUACACAUACAAUGAAAAUAUCAAUUUUAUUCAAGUUUGUAAUAGAAAGAUUUCGUUAUUUUGUCCAUUAUGUAAAAGUAAAUGCUCCUCAGUUUAGAACAGUGACUGUUUCCUGUAUCUCUUUUUCAAAUGCAUUUAAUAAUUUAAUUGGAUAGUUAAAUAACAUAUAGAGACACACACAAUUAGAUUAGCCCCUCUGUUCCUAAAACACAUGAAUCUCUUCACGUCUUGUUUUUAAAAUAUCCUCUUCAUCUAGUGUUCAUGUUUUACCUCUCAGGAUGUCCCUCGUCACCACUUAAAAGGUUAUGUACAUCAUCUUACUUUGAUACAGGCCAAGUUUGGACUGUAUGCAAGAGGCUUGGCUUUAGAUUUCUUGUGUUUGGUGACAUUUCCAGCUAUCAAGUCAUGUCACAAUUGAUCAAUACUGGGAAACUGACUCGCUGGCUGUGUUGAGUGAGAAAGGAGCAGGACGGAGCCCCCAGUCUGCCAGCUGCCCCUCCAGAUUUAUCUCUUGCUGUUCAUAAAUGAGUUAUUUGUAUCAUUUCAGAUCUGUAUGAAGGAGCAAGUGUUGAAUCCAAACCGCCGCCACAAAGCAUGGAGCUCUCACAACCAGGUCAGACUGAUUCAUCCUUGAUCAAGCUGAUAUGAAAUAAAGUCUGUAUUCAAAAAGUCCCAACCCUGGAGGCCACACAUGAAAAGCAAACUUUUGUCAGGGAGAGAGAAACAAGACCCACCGGCAUCAUAGAGGCAGAACGAGCAUGUUUGGAACAAGUGGAACAUUAAUCAGUCUUGCAUGCUUAACACCAGAGAACUUGUUCCAUGUGUGUAUCAUGAUGAACCAUGAAGGGGUCAAAGAGGACAGCGCCUAUGCAGGGCUGUAAAUGGGAAACACAUGCUGGCUCUUAGGCAGGUGUUGUGAAGUCAUGUAAAACCAGAGUUAAAUUCAAGUUGCCUUCCUCCCUCUUCUGGGCUUUGAUCAUGUUCUGCCUGUUUGAUUAUGUCAACAGUGACUGAAUCAGUUUCUUCUCUGUGGUUCUGAGCUUACAUAAUAACGCCUGUUUGACAACCAUUGUGUAUAUAUAAACUCUUAACUGUAGGACUAUAAGCCCAGACCACAGAAUAGGGACAAAAUGUAAACUCACAAGGCAGCAGAAAUAAUCAGAUAGGAUUUUUUAUUUUGCAUAAUCAGUCUGUGAAAAUCAACUGCAUUUGCAGAAUUUCACUGCAUUUAAUCAAAGUGAAAAACAGGCCAGCAGGCUUUUCUUUUGCUUGUUGGCAUGGCAGCUCUGAUUGUUGGCCUCCUCUAAUACCUCCAUCAUCUGGGAAUUCAGGGGGCCGCACAAGCCAGUGUUUACUUCCCAUUGUUGUUGAACCUUCUACCUCUCCAUCAGCGCGGACGUCUAUUCACUGCCAUGAAGCUUCCUAAAAGAGCACUUUAACCUCUGACAUACAAAGUCUGAGAGGCAAAAAUUAAAAUCUGUCUGUAAGAGGGGAAAGAGUGGCUUUCUGGGGGUUUGAACUCAUAACUAGGGGGAGUUUGAGAACUCAGCAGGUUAAAAGGGUGAGGGUAGCAAAGAGGGAGAAGUGGGGGUGUGUGUUCACUAAGUCGCGUUUCAUCCUCAGCCUAGACAGAGCAAUGCGUCAGAGCCCUUCAGCAACCUUAAGUCUGUCUGAAGUGGAUCAUAGUAAGUCUACACUCUUCGCGGACAGAAAAAUAAAGACACAAAGCCGCUACAACAGACAUGAACUGGCAUGUGAUAAAGGGAUAUAACACUUAGAGCCACCUUUCCUUGUAUGUGCAAGGAAAUCAAAGGCCUUCUGGUGGACUCAUCUUAAAAAAUAUGAAGCUGCUUUUCAGAUUUUGAUGGCACAAUUGUAAGUGAUUAAAUCUAGUGCAUUUAUUGGCUGUGUGUGCAGGUUUGAAAUCUGUAAGCUUUAUGGUCUUAAUUGAGCAAACAUGGUGCAACACUGGUUGACAACAAACUGGUAUUAGAGUCCGGUGUUCAUACCUGAACUAUAAAAGACAGGAUUAGAAACAUAAUUGAGACAAGUAGCCGAAAGGUGUUCCUCUUGGUGAUCUAAAGUUCAGGUUAGUCUUAAAAAAAGAUGGAGGAUCAAUUAAAAGGAGGCACUAACCCUGCCUUGCCUCCUGAAGUACCACUCUAUGAAAACUACUGAAUGAUUUUUCUUUUCUUUUCUGUGACUUUUUGCAUGAAUCUUGUUUUUUAUUCCUUAAAGUCCCACUCCAAUCAUUUAUUUUUACUACUUCAAGUGUUCUCAGUGGUCUUUAAGUUGUGAUUAUGAAGUUUUUAGCCAAAAUCACGUUACCUGUGUCAUUUUCAAGAGCUUUUCUUCUGCAGAGCUCCAGUAGCUCAUUAGCAAUUCGCUUCUGAGUCGUAAGCGGAGACAGCAGUGAACUCCUCUUCACGUUAGCUUGUAGCCUAACUUUGCUGGUGUAGUAGAAGUGGCAGGUAACAUAGGAGCUAUUCAGCUCUCGGAUACUAUUGUCUUUGGGGACAUGAUGAAAGCUAAUAUCACAAUUAGCUUUCUUAAGAGCACUGCAAUCCGCCAACCCACACACUAGUUCGGCAAUCGUCCUCUUGGUUUUUCAGAGUCUGGCCUGCAAAGCAGGGUUCCGGGGGCGGAGCUUGGAUUUGCUACAUAGGAAAUCUCACUGUUUCUAAGCAUGCUGUUUAGGUCUGCCAGAGGUUCACAGCGAUUUGAAUGCAGAAAUACUGAGAAAUGCAAUUUCACACUUACUUUUCUCAUGAUACAUCCUGUAGCAUCAGAGAAAUGACAUAUGAAAAGGGUGACCAUAUGUCCUCUUUUACCCGGACAUGUCCUCUUUUUUGGGAGCUGUCUGGCCCGUCUGGGCUUGUCCAGCUUUGUAAAAAAAAGUGUAUAAAAUCCUUCAAAUGUCCGCAGUUUUGUACAUAAGUUUCGAUUUUGUGUCUCGUGGACUUACUGAGUUAGAAGCGCAUAGUAGACACUCGAUCUGACCCAAAAAACUCUCAAAACUAACUUUGUGUGACUCCCUGACUCUGCCCCUGCAUAGUCGUGUCCUCUUUUUGGGAAGCCAGAAUAUGGUCACCCUACAUAUGAACAUAUAGACAACAAGAAAAAUAUGAUUUUCAUUGGAGUGGGUCUUUAAAGAUUUACUCCCAGACACCUAAGUAAAUGUGCUGUGAUAAGACAAAAGUAUGAUGUCAGUGCCCCAGCUGGGCCACCCCAGUCUAAAAAUUGUGGAUCCGCCCCUGUGCAUAUGCAUUCUGCAUGUUUUUCCAGCAUUGAAAAUAAACAUUCCUCUACUGGACAGAAACAACAGUGACAAGUCCAGAGGUUUCCUGCUGCUGAUGCCUGUAAUUGUGGCUUGCUGACACACACAGAAGUCUGAAAUCUGCUCUGCAUUACAGCUGGGACUGACUCAGACACAGCAACCAGAGGCCCAGAAACAGCACAUAUUGUUCUUCGAGAUUAUCAGAUGGACGUCGCUAGACCUGCCUUGGAGGGGAAAAACGUCAUCAUAUGCCUCCCGACAGGAAGCGGUAAAACCAGAGUUGCAGUUUACAUUACCAAAACACAUCUGGACAGCAGGAGGGCCGAAGGGCGACCAGGGAAAGUGGUCGUCCUGGUGAACAAGGUACAUUCCUCAAUCACCGUACUGCACUAUUAUGGUAACCUACUUUCAUCCCAUUCAAACCCAAAGAAAAACAUUCAAUCUUUCAGUCAAUUUGCACAUGUGGGUCAGCUCACCACAAAAUACAUGCCAGGAGGUUUAGAUAUUCCCCUGCACUUUGUUACUAUUUGGCCCUGCCUUAGUCUGCUCUGCCUUGGAAAGAAUCAUAGUUUUGGAUUAAAGCUUUUCCAGCCAUAAAACUAUUGAGCCGUAUUAGAAAAAAGUUUGAGAAACAGUGAUGGUAUGUGACUGGCCAAGUUUCUUUGGAACUUCCAAGAACAGAAGGUAUUUUAGUUGUCUCUGCAGAGAGGGGAGUGACUUUAUGGUUGGGUCUUGAACAAAGAACGACUAAAUCAUCAUGUCAUGUCUGGAUAUAUUUAUUUACGAGCCAAACACUCCUUAAAUCAGCUCAUCAUUGGCAUUGCAGUUAUCAAAAUAAUGCAGGCAUUUCCUUGUUCUGAUUCUGAGUGGCAUGUAUUUAUUUCUGUUGGAUUACUUGACGUUUUUUCUGCAUCAACACUGACAGAUUUAGUGUGUUCUGGUGUGGUGCAGGUUCCCCUCGUGGAGCAGCAUUACUCCGCAGAGUUCCUGCCUUUCUUGAAGCGCACAUAUAAACUGGAGAGAGUCAGCGGAGACUGCCAGCACAAGAUCUCCUUCACAGAGAUCAUGAAGAGGAAUGACGUCAUCAUUUGCACGGCCCAGAUUCUGGAGAAUUACUUGGAGCGGUCCAACAGCGAGGAGGACGAAGGGGUUAACUUAAGCGGUAUGAGCACAAGAAUUUCACUUGGUUUAAGUUAGCUUGAAAAAAUGUUAAUAAUCCAUACAAUGUCUGGACCAUUAUUUUUCUAAAACAGCGUCCUAAAGCCUUCAGUUAAAGUCUGCCCAGGCUUCAACCUCAGACACUGACAGCUAUUGGAAUAGAAAGCCACCCGGAGGACUCAUAACAUCUCCCCUGAUAAUACCUGACAGGAUCUUGUCAAAGUCUUCCGGCUCUGCUGUUCACUCUUGUUGGCACUCACCAGUCCAAGGUGGAAUAGCCACCUCAGUGGAACAUAUGCUGUUUGUUGAAACGCCUGAAAGCGUUUUUUUUUUUUUUUUCCGAUCUCCUGCUUUCCAGGCCACACGUCUGUUCAAGACAUCAGUGUGUGGCUGAUCUAAUUCACAUGAGAGCUUCUAUCAGCCACUGUACAUCAGGCUGCAACUCUCUAUACUCUCCUUCUCCAGAGACUACCACCCUGCUUUAGCUCAUACAUGUUUUUUUUUAUCUAAAAAGAUUUUAGUUCACCUCCUAAUUACUUAUUUGAAAAUUAUAAAAAUAAACCACAAGACCUUAUGUAUAAAGAGGAUCUUUUCGGUUUGUUAUUGUGUGGCUUUAACUGCUGCAUCAGGUUCCUAAAAAAGACCUGGUUUGUGUGGGAGGAUGUCUCCCUGACAGGAGGAGGUUAUAGUUUGUGAGUUUUGUAAAUAAAUGACACAAUGGAGCACUGUCAGGUUGAGAACAUUGUAAUGUGUCUUGAGAUGCAUGUAUUUUAGUCUGUGGUGAUAAUUUAAGAGUACGUGCUGUCCCACUGACAAAAGAGGCUGUAAUCUGAUUUAAAACACUCACUUUUAACUGUGCUUAUGCUAACUCUGUAAUUAUCCUGCUGUAACUCACUGCAGCUUCCCCCCAUGUUGCUCCUUGUGAUGCACGUAUUAACAUGUCUUCUGCUUAUGUGCCACAGAUCUGUCCCUGAUCGUCAUAGAUGAGUGCCACCACACUCAAAAAGGAGAGGUCUACAACCACAUCAUGAUGCGUUACCUGAAGCAGAAGCACAAGAACAGAAGGCAGAAGAAGGAGGGGAAGGAGACGGUGCCCCUCCCUCAGAUCCUAGGCCUGACUGCCUCACCAGGGGUCGGGGAAGCCACGAGAAUGGCGCAAGCUGAGGAGCACAUACUACGCGUAAAAAUCUUUCUCUGCUUUCUGUGUCCAUCUAGGGAGGCUACAGUGUUAGCAACAUACAGCAUUCACUCAUGUGCACAAUGUAUGAAUAAGGAACUAAUUAAUCAGAGUAGAUUAGGCAGCCGCUUGGAUUUGUGCAUGUAAACAUGGACAAAUCACAAUAACUGGAAAGACCUUAUUUAGCUACCUGAGAGUGCUAAAAGUAAAAUGUGAUUCUGCACAGGCCAAGUGAUGUCUAACAGCGCUGAAUCUGCAAACCACAGUGGUCUCAUUUUAAACGAUCUCAAAGUUUUUGUGGUGCGUGUUUUGUGGUGCGUGCGCCUGCAUGACUAAGACACAAUAAUUAGAAACAUGGAUACAAAUAACCAUAACGUCCUCAGGGAUGUGAGUAAGCGAGUUUCUCUGUGUGCAUAAACAGUUUCCCAAAUAUGAUUAGAAUGAGUAUGACUCUCAUGACCAGGAUAGUUAAAGGGAUAUUCAGGUGUAAAUUUAAGUUAUGGUCAAACACACCGUAACACUGAGUUAGACACCCCCUCAAGAGCUGAAUGUUGCCGACCGCUUGCUUCUCUAAUCAUUCCAGCUUUAGUAACAACCGAUAGCAAUACACAGCAGUCUACAUCUCCACAUGUAAACCUCAACCAAAAAGCCACUCUAUAGCCACAAAUAAUGCUCAGAACAGCACCUAACUUCAUCAACAGUACAUAUAGGGUCGCAGCCAUAGCACUAGCUACCAAACAUCUUUUUAGCUUUGCCUGAUUCCUUUAGCAAAGAGACUAAAUACAACUCACCCAUCCCCGACAUCAGCCGCUUGUUUGUUGCAUGACCUCGGACUUGCCCAUUGUUGACUGCUGUGGGGUGAUGCAGCUCAAGGAAGAACAUUUAUGAUCAUUUCUUUAUCAUUUCCUUGAGAGACCAAACACAACUCACCUACUCUCCUCCAGCAGCCACUUGUUUGUAGGGGAGCCCUGACGAGUCGAUCACCAAGUUAUUUGUGUUAUUUGUGGCUUUGGAGACUGAGGUUCGUGUGUGGAGACAUAGACUGCUGUGUAUUGCUAUCGGUUGUUACUAAAGUUGGUAAAACUAGAGAAGCAAGCGGUCUGCAAUAUUCAUCACUCGAUGGGGUGUCUAACUCGGUGUUAUGGUGUGUUUGACCAUAACUUUAAUUUAUGCUGGAAUAUCCCUUGAAGUCUGUGUAAAUGUAUUUAUCAUAACAUGCACAUCUGACAUCAAUUUUAAAUAAGAUUAAACACAUAGCAAAAUUUAAUAAUUUACACUGCCAUUGGUUGAUGUACAAUAACAUAAAUUACAGAGAUUUAUCCAUCGGUCUUUUCUUAUCGAUAUCUCACUCAUCCCACUGACAAGACUUUUGCAGCUUUUUUCCCCCUCUUUUUGUGAAUUUUGGAAAAAUCAGGUUAUUUCUUUAGAAAGUUCCCAAUGCAUCUUAUUUUGUUUAUGCCUAGGCCUGUGCAACAUUUGAUAUGGAAAACAGAAAUAAGAGAAAGUCGGUGAAUAAUAAUUGGCUGUCUGCUUUGAUAUGUAGAUUACACACCUAAAAAACUCUGGAAGCUCUGCCUUUUGAAUACCUUAGUAGUUAAAAUAACUUUAUUACAGUUUUAUCAUUGUCAUCUUCACCAAAGCAGAAAUUACUCUAUUUGGUUGCGAUAAAUUUUGUUGCUGGAUUCAGUUUUCUGGAAAUCAAUCAAACAAACAACCUAAUUCUCUUCCUUCGGCCCCCGCCCUCUUCCCUGUCUCACUGCUGCCAAGGAUCAUAUUCACCCAGCAAAGCUGUUUCUGAUAUUCCACACUGCCUGUGUAGUCAGAGCAGCCAUAAAGUUCUCUGUGGCCAUGAAAGUAGAUGAAUUAUAGUCUUUUAGCUUCAUGUCAAAGUCACAGAAACAGACGUUUGAAUCAGGCUGUGGAUGAAUCACUCUGAUUGAUUUAUGAUUUGAUUCAUUCUUACACUGCAAAUCUGUGUCUUUUUUAUAGAUCUGUGCAAACUUGGAUGCUUCCAAUAUCAUGACAGGAAACCUGGGGGAGUUCAAAAAGGACCAAAGGACAAAAAUUGUAACUGUUGAAGACAGAAAAAUGGUACGUUUGUUUGAGAGCUUAUCAUUUUAAUAAGUCAUAACUGUUUUAAAACCUCCUUUAAGUUUGUGUCCAAAUCUUUGUUCAGGAUCCCUUUGGUGACGUCAUCAAGAAAAUCAUGAAUGCCAUUCAUGUCCAUGCUGACCUGAGUCCCACCUGUGAACUGGGUUCUCAGAAUUAUGAACAGUGGGUUGUUCAAAGAGAGCGAUUAGGUAAGCGUAAAUCUUCAUGCUUUCUCCAGGGACACCAACCCUCCAACCCUUUGGUUCAGUGGUGUCAAACCUACAAUAAUAAGUUUCCUUGCUGGGCUGUAAAGUCUGUCUCAAUCUAUUCUAGCGGAAACAGAUGAAGACCACAAAGUGCUGGUUUGUGCAGAGCACCUUCGGCAGUACAAUGAAGGCCUGAAUCUCAGCAACACCAUUCGCAUGUGUGAUUCCUUCAGUUUCCUGAACAAAUUCCAUGAGGAUGAGUUAAAGAAGAAGUCACCACCGGAGGAGGAGGAGCCCAUACAAAUAACAGACACUGAGAGAUUCCUCUUCAACUUGUUCAGAGGUAUUGCAGUGUCAUCAUUAUUUUCCUUUCUAAGCUGUACUUUUGUUGCAUUUAAUUGUAAGGCCUCUAUUUUUUCUGGCUUAAUCUAAUAUUUGCUGAGCUAAGCUAACAAGCUGCCUGCAGUGGGAGGCAGUAGGAGGUGCAAUCUGAAGUGAUUUGUGAAAUUCAAAUCAGUACCCCAAAGAAAGUAAUUUCUUACAUGUUUAAAGAAAACAAAGAGUUGACCUCAGGGUUUUAAAUCUGUUUUGCAGAGAGCAAGGAUGAGUUGCAGCAGCUUGCAAACAUGCCAGAGUAUGAAAAUGACAGCCUGUCCAAACUCAGGAGUAGUAUUCUGCAAGAAUUCAGUACCCGGGAGACAGCUAGGGGGAUCCUCUUCACCAAAACUCGGCGCAGCGCCCUCGCCCUAACUCACUGGAUCCGAGAAAACCCAAAGUUCUCGGACAUCGGGGUGAAAGCCUCAUAUAUAAUUGGAGGAGGAGACCAGAGUGUUGUCAAACCAAUGACGGCUGUGAGUGAAUGUUACUUUUCAAACUGAAAAGCCCGUACAUAAAUGUAACUGGGUUUAACCUGCUCAGUGCAAAACUGUGUUUCUCAGGCCGAGCAAAAGGACGUGCUGAAGAAGUUCGGCAAAGGGGAAGUCAACCUGCUGAUCGCUACCUCAGUGGCUGAGGAAGGUUUGGACAUACCAGCGUGCAAUAUUGUGAUACAAUAUGGCCAACUGACUAAUGAGAUUGGUAUGAUUCAGGUCAGUCAAGUUAGUUAUCAUAUGCAGUUUUAUCUCAGCUUGAUGGUGGAAAAUUAUACAACAAAUGGUUUAAAAUCAACGAAAUAUAAAGAUUGAGUGAAAUGUGAUGCGUUUAAUGACUUCUUUGUUUCUUUGUUCAUGUAAAUUUAAAAUAUCUGAGUGGCUGACUUUUUUUCAAAUAUCCAGGCCAGAGGAAGAGGUAGAGCUGAGGACAGCAGCUACAUUUUGAUCGAGGUCAAAGGCUCUUGGGUUGCUGAAAAGGAGUGUGUCAAUGAGUACCGCAUCAAAAUGAUGAACAAAGCCAUCAUAAAAAUCAGGGCCUUAUCUCGAGAGGACUAUGACAAAAAGGUUUGUGUGUUUCAGGUUAAAGGGAAACCUAUGUCUACGCUGUUAGACUCCUCUCAAUGAUGUUUUUUUUCUCGUCAGAUCACAGAGUUCCAGUUUCAGUCUGUAAUGGAAGAGAAGGUGAGGAUGACAAAGAAAAGGCAGAAAGACGUCAGGAACGAGAACCCAUCUGACGUCAAGUUAAGCUGCCGUAGCUGCAGCAAGCCAGUGUGUACAGGGGAAGACAUCCAGGUCAUCGAAAACGUGCACAGAGUCAACGUGACAUCAGAGUUUAAGUAUGAAUUACACCACAGAGAUGAUAAGUCAAGUAUUUCUACCACCAUCCAAUUAAUACUAAUGUUUUCUUUAUUUCAGGGAGCUUUUCAUUCAGAGAGAAAACACCAGUCUACAGGAGAGGCUCCUAGAUUACGAGACGAAUGGCUUCAUAGCAUGCAAAAACUGCGGGCAGGUAAAUGUAUUUUAGUUGCUCUUUUGUUGUUGUUGAAAGAACAGUAUUGAAAGCUUUCAUGCUUCAAUCUAGACAAUGUUCUUUUCUGGGGCUUCUGGGGUAGACAGGACUUUCAGUGAAGACAAAAAGUUGUAAGAAAGUCAUUUACUCACAAUAAUAAAAUUGUAAGUCAUUCCCUUACGAGAACAAAGUGGUAAUAAGGUCAUCGAUUUGGUUUAAGAUGAGCAGCCAGUUGUCUGUAGUGAAAUGAGCAAAAUGAAGCAUCUUGUUGAAGUAUAUUAAUCUUUUUGCACAUCAGCACUGUAAUGUUACCAGUAUCAUGACUCUGGUAUCUAAACUGUUAAAGAUGGGGUAGGCAGGAUCUGAGGAAGUGCAAGUUUUUUGGGAGAAAUCUUGAAUGUAAACUCUACCCCUCCCAACCACUCAGCUCCUCCUCUUCCCUCCCUCUCUGCUCCAGAAAGCCCCGCCCACAAACAGACGCUCCUGCUCACUUGUAUCGUUCCAAUUAAAUUCAGAUAUAAUCCAGAUAAAUACUUCAGAUAAUUACAAAUGCCAUCUCCGGCUGAUGGCUCUAGUUUAAUUUUUUUCAUAUAUCCUGCUUUGUUCCCACAUCAACUCCCCCUGACCUACCACACAAGAUUCACUGUUAGGCUUGGUAAAAACUUUGGCUGUUGUGUCAACACUUUAAGCCCACCCAGUUUUUCUCCCCAGAACUGAAAAGCACCUAUUUAGUUCAAAGAGUUCUGUUGGUAGCGACUACUCUGAAGUUUUCCAUAUGCGUUUAUUCUCCUUCUGGCUUAAAGUUAGGAGACUGAUAAAUACUUUCAUGUCAUUACGGUAUAUAUGUCGCCACAACCAUCAAACUAGAAUAUGGCACCAUUCAGAGUGACUUCAUUUUGGAUAGCUGAAGGCCACAGCUGUCAUUGGAAGAGAACAACAGAGAAGUGUAAGAUGACUCAAGACCUGCCAUCUCUACUAAGUUAAGUUGUACCAAAUGUGAAAAACAAUGAGUCAGAGAAUCACAAGAUACAAAAAGAUUCCAUGGAGAUCUUUUUUCCAAAGCCAUCACUCCCUGGUAGCCAUUUUUCUCGAGCUACAUUUCACCUCAAGGUGCAGAUAGGAUCAGUGUAGCUAGUAGAUGCCUUUAAGUUCUAAUUUACGGUUUCCAUUGCAGAGAUGGGGUUCAAUGAUGCAGUACAAGGGGCUCGAGUGCCCCUGUCUCCACGUGAAAAACUUUACAGUGAAGGUCAACGGAAAGAAGAUCAACAAAUGCAACAAGUGGAAGGACCUCCCUGUCAAGUUCUCUCUGUUUGACUACGUUGAACAUGCAGCACAGAUGGCAUCGAGCUCCGACGAUGAAGACUGACUUACAUAAACAAGCUUCCAGUAUCAGAAUGGUUGUUAUUUUAUUGGUGAAAGGUUAAUAAAAAAAUAUCUGUGGUUGUUAAAAUAUAAGUUUGUGGUUUUGGGGAUGCAUGAGUUUCAUCAAAGCUGAAUUUCUGUUUAAAAGUCAAAAAGAAAAGAGCAUUUCUGAUGCAAGCUCAACAGGAAAAAUGCAUAAAUUUAUCUAUUAAAAUCCUCUCAGAGCCCUGUGGGCUCAUGGGAUUGAAGCCACUGAGCCUGAUAUGGCCCCUCAGAGCCCACCUGUCAGCAUACAAGCAGACAAACAGGUGCUGGUGAUUUUCCAUCAAAUCCAACUGUUAGUGAGUCACUCCUGUUGAGCCAGUUAGAGCAUCUAUUUUUAGGUCUAAUUUUUAAGAAUGCUUCCUUAUGAUAGGUUACCUGCUUGACCAGAUCUCCUUUGGCAAGAACACAUCAUAUCGAGCCAAUGGUCAUUAAUGUGUUAGUGUUUCAUUGUACUAUUGAACCCAUGCACAAAUAAAACUCUUUCACUCUAA